CCGGUCCUGUCCCAGCUUCCAGGGGAAAAAAACCCAAAACCAACCACAUUUUAAUUUUAUUUUUUCUGUCUGUUAAACAGCACAGAAAAUACCCAACAGAAGGGGCUUUAGUGCAGCUCCUGACCCACCCCCCAGAACAACCUGACGGUGGGAAAAAGGCUGGAGGAGACGUGAUUCACUGAACACGGCUAGUACCCCACACAGAAAGUGAGACUGAAUAACACACACAUGCUGGUUUCUGGAGGAGAGGACGUCCUGUUUUGAUUUAGCAGUGUUAUUACUCUUUGGGGUGAAAUGAAGAAUUUGAUUCUGUUUUGGAAACAGUCAGAUUUCUAAUGCAACUGAACCUCAGUAGCAUUCUUUGAAGUACAGAUUUCAACGAGUGAAUUUCUCUUAAAUGAAGAUGCAGAACCUGUCACUAGAGGAAAGUCUUCCUAGUACAGACACAUCUCACUCGAUGUCUCUAGAAGACCCAGCAGUUGAAGCAGGUGAUGUGUCUCUUGAUAAAAGUGACUGUAACUCGAAUGAAAGGACAAAUAAUGAAGACAUUCUUAAUCUUGAAGUAAGGCAGCAAAGCCUCCCUGUAAUGAAUAGCAAAAGGAGAAGUUGUGAGGGUUUUUCUGAGAGCAGUUCUGGUACCUCAGAAGCUGGUGGUUCCUGGGGUGAUUUUGAAGGCUUCACAGAGUCCUUAGACAAAUCAGAGAGAUUUGGUCAUAAUCUUGAAGUUUUGGUGAAGUCAGCAAAACCUUCUAGAGUUGAUACAGACUUAAGCAGAGGACGUGGCAGAGCUUCUGUUGGUCACUUUUGUUCUGAGCCAUCUCUACCAAGAGGCAUACAGGAGGCUUCGAGCUCUCACAAUGAGGCAAACCACAGCUAUGAGGAUAUAUUUAAGUUGGGCUUUCCAGAAGUCUUUGUGUCAGAGUCCAGAGAGAGCAUAAGAAGCUUAGAUCAAGUACUUGAUACAAAUAAUGAAGAUGUUGGAAUUCCUGAACUUACAAAGAAUCAACUUUGCAUUGACUCUGGAAACAUAUGGAGAAGACUUAAAGACUUUGAUAAUACCCCCACCUUAAGACAUCCCUGGAGUAAAUUUCAUUGCCAAGAAAACCUCUUGAGUGUUCUUGGAAUAGAUGCAAAUCGAAAGGACUUUUCAGGGAGUCACGAUGAUGUUUUUGAGGAAUCAAAUGUUAAUGAGGACUUCAGGGUUGAUGGAUUCAGUAUUAAUGACUGCAAGUCACUGAUCCAGACCAAGCUUUCUGUAUCACCGGGUUCCAGACAUGGCCAGCUUUUCACCUGUAGCCUCUUUUUGAAAACCACAUCAUCAGAUGGAAGCAUGCAAUAUAUAACCGUCCCAAAGAAGAAGCACAUUUUCACUACACACAACCUAAAAAUGAAAUUUUUCAGUAGUGAUGUUUGUUGAACCAAAUGCACUUUUAAACCUUUUUUUUUUCUUUCUGAACAGAAUGCAGUUUGCCUUCAUUUUGUUACUGGCUUGGUACUAUAGACUACCUGUGUUUUUUAGGGAAGGUAAGAUAUUAGUGUAUAUGAAGUACCUAAAGCCAUGUUGUUAGAUGUUUAUCCUAUUUAGUUGUGAAAUCAAAGGUGUAAUUUUGUCCUGCCAAGUUUUGCUGCAGAGUCGUGUCUCUUACAGCAAAUCCAGCUGCAAUCACACUUUAAAGAUACUCUGGUGGACUAUACUCUGAACUGCUGACCUUCCAGGCCUUAAUGCCUCUUUGAUCAAAAACCUUGUUUCUCUGCCAAAAUCUAAACGCACCUCCGGUGUGUUGGAAACUGUGCCUUGUCACCCUCUCUCCUCAUGUUUGGUCCAGCCUGGAUCAGCUGAGAUCUGUUAUCUUGCCACUGCUGAAUGUAACAGGAGGAGCCUUCUACAUUGGGUGGCUUUCACCCAGGUUUAGAAAAAUAAAAUAGUUUUAAUUUCUGUCUGAUAAAGCCUACUGCGGUGAUAGGGCUUGGGUCAGUGAAAUGUUUUGUUCUGGCACUGGUUUCCAACUGAAAUAAAUCACCUUUCUGAA